AUGUCUCAGCUUCUGCAUUUUGUCUCAAGAAAUCCAACUCUGCGUCGUAUCGUCUACUUCCCUACAGAGUUGGCGACCAUGCACAUACUCCGCGAAAGUCUCAGCGCUGACGACUGGCACUUCAUCGACGAGGUUCUGCUCGAACGUCAUCAGGACCGGGCCAUGUCUUACGAGGUUGUACCGGGCGGACUCUUGGUAAGGAUGUGGACCGUCGACAACGUUAACGACCCAACAUAUGGCCCUUUUGCCAUCAAACCCGAAUAUCGGAUCAAAGUCGAGCACUACGUCGAUAAGUUGAACAAAGAGCCGUGUCCUUUGGGGAAAAGCUGCCCAAGCGAAGGCAUUCCGGAAGAAAGCCUGGCUCCGGAGGACUGGAAUGCCCUCAACAGGGCGGUUCAUCAGAACUACGAAACGUCUUACGUCAUCGUUAAGGACGGUAUCGCAGUCCUUAAGCAUGCCAGCGAUGGCGCAGAGAAAGAGAUCGUUUGCGGGCCGUUGCCCAUCAAGACCGAGUACCGGCAAGUGGUGCGGGGCUUUGUGGAUGCUCGCAACGCCAAGCAGUGA